AUGCCUUACAACACCCGCCGGAAAUCGCUUUCUUUGCCUUCGUUAGGUAUACAGCUGCCCAACAGCUCGAGAUCGCAUCGCUCGAAUUCGAAGCCAGAAACGCCGGAGCAACUGUCGACAAACCAAUCGCCGCCUGCCAAACGAGUCAAGCGCGAACAUGGGUCGCCACUUCCUUCACCACGACGCACUCCGUCUGUAGAUCUCACCACAUCACAACCACGAGUUGCUGCUCACACUCCACCAGCCUCGCCCUCUCCUGACGAUGUUACGUACCGGAAGAUUGACUUGCAAGGAAUCAAAGAUGAUGUAGUGAUCUCAGUCAUCGAACAGCUGGAAAAGACAGGCAACAGACCGCAUCUUAUUAAGGAACUCGCUACAGUGUUACUGUCCACGAACCAGAACAUUGCAAAUUCUGCGAACCCUGCUGCCUUAUUAUCCUCACGGCUUACACAGUAUAUGAAGAGACCAUGGACUGCGCUCUCACCUUGUCCAAUUGCGAAAGAGUUGAUACCUGUUCACCCCCGAAAAGUGUUCUUCUUCCUCACCACACAAGCUCGUGGCGAGCUUCCCAGUAAUUCUGACGAUAUCAUUACCCCAGCAAUCCCACUCUUAAAGAGGUUGACGCCGUCGAUCAGUGAUCCAAGUGUUGAAGAUGAAGAGGCGAUGGAGAGAAAUGAGAGGAUGCGCUUCAGUCCAAGCCCAGAAAUAGAGCUCUUCUCACCCGAGCUCGAAACCACUACAUCUAUUCCGGCUCCGCCAGACUCGCCGUUUAGCAGUCAGGCGAGUCUACACCGAGAGCCAGUGAUUCAGCCAAGAGCCAGACCUUCGCAUCGAGCUCCGAGUCCAGGUCUUGAAGCGGAUGAGCGAGGCUUUACUGAAACCGCAUCUGCCGUCAGAGCAAACAGACUCAUGCAACAGACCUCGCAGCUACAGAUUAGCUCUGUGGAUCAAGUUGAUGAGCCAAAACCAAAAACAGACCACGAAGCAGGGAUCGAGCUCUUCGGCAGAUCACAUGGCAGCCUAGCUGUCCCAGACAACAUGAUCAACAAGCACAUGAUGAGCAGUCCAGUGAUUGCCCCAAAGCAUAACUUGCACUUACAAAUCCUCGACGUUGAUAUGGAUACCGACGAAGCGAGCUGGAACAUCAAGAGUCCAGAGCACACAUCUUUUGACGAGCUAGACGAAAUGUUUGACGACUAUUAA